AUGGUACGAGCCUUCCUGGGUCAGUUCGACCGCGACGAGGCACUGGCUCUCGCGGAUACCUUCGCAACCUCUGGUCUUGCUUCGAGCACCAAUCAGCUCUACGACUCUACCGUUACCUUCUUUGAAGAAGUCGUCGGUGGCAAAGCAUUUCCUCUUCGCAUACCGGAUCUCUCCCUUUUUAGCCUCUGCGUCGAGAAAUAA